AUGGCAGAAUGGAAGACCCGAGGAUAUGUACCCGACUCAGACGAGGAGGAAGAUUCACAAGAGUCUGGUCAAGUUACGGUUUGCGGUGACCACUUCUCUCUAGAUGAACUCGUCACCAGUGAUGCCAGAGAGGGCUCUCCGAGCCGAAACAAUGGACAUAAGUCCAGCAGAUUAAAGGAUCAGCUGUUGAAAGCAAGGCAAUCUCCGACUUCUCAUAUCAAAGCCGUUGAAGUUCGAGUACCAGUACAAGAAGUGAACCAGAAUAGCAUCCAAGAGUAUGCAGAGGCUUCAUGGCAGGGGAAGCCAUCAUCGAAAAUUGGAGCCUCUACGAACAAUGUUUCGGAACAAGUAUUGCAAGAAGGAAUUUAUAAAGAUGCCCACAAAGCCAGGACAAUGUCUAAAACAUCUCCCCUGGGCCGAAGGGACGGAGACGUUGAACAUGCUCUUCUGUCGUCUCCAGCCUCUUCAUUAAAUGUUUCAAAUGGGAUAGAGAUGCAAGAUGCAGUACAACGACAAUACUUAGAUGCCAAGACGACAGGAGAUGGUGGCAAUGUCGAGCAUCAUAUUGGCACUACAGCAAGUGCAUAUCCUUUUGAUGAACAUCAGAGCCUAUCUUCAACCCUCAGUUCUCCAUUAUCAUCGCAUCCUUCAUCUUUACCUGGUGUCAAAGACACGAUUAGCCAUACCCGUCCAUCUAGUCCUUCGUCGGAAAACGUCCACGCAGAAUCAAGCGUCCAGGCGGAUAGCAGUGAUGUCGAUAUGAACACAGUCGUACAUGAUGUGCAGAGAACGCAAAGAUUCCGGCAAAGGAAUCCCAUCCAACUCCAUCCAUAUCUCAUUGAAAGUGAGAAGUAUCGUCAAAGUCUUCACGCUCGUGGCUUAAAGCCAGUUCACAUACCGCGAGCUCCAACGCCUUCCUUGGAGGAUGACACGCAAAGUCAAGACUUCGCUAACAGCCCAGUACUUGGGUUUUCGUCGCCAAGUUCGCAAAAAUCUCAACCUUCUUCGCCAAUGGCACUAGAUGAGAAUCAAUCGGCUCUGCUAGAUGAAGUUCCCGACAUGGAUGCCCUUUUACGUUCACAAAACCAACAACUCGAAGUGCAGUCAUACAAGCGUCGAGACAUGGAGAGGGACAAACCUAGAUUCAAAAGACCUCCGGGUUUAUCUAAGCCUAAGCCAUUGAAAACAAAGCCUAUUCAUCAGCAUAGCAACGAGGAUUAUGACAUGUACACCGUACCCUUAUCGCCCCCAUCUUCUGGUUUCCAUACACCGACUACCUUAGGCGAACGAGCAAAGCGACAAUCCCCACCAAACAAAUCAUUACCGACACCCGCUACAUCGUCCGAGCCCAGAGCGCCGCCAUUGAUUGACAUUAUCAAUCAAGAAUCUGCUGAGGAUAAUGCUGAUGAAAUUAUUGCUAUCUCCGAUGGUACUGGUGCAUCGAGUCCAAUCUCUAAUGACGGAUCAGUCAAGCAACUGUCUCGGGUGCAGCGAAGAAUACGCGGGGUGUUACCUGCAUCUUGGCUCAAAUUAGAUCUAAAGGCUCAGUCCAAAAAAUCAGCUCUUCCUCGUCGCUUGCCAUCGAGCUCGUCUCCGGAAAAACGUGAUAAACAAAAAGGCGUGGCUCGCCCAGUAUCAAGAACAGUUGCAGAGACGUUCAAUCGCUCUUUAGAUCAAUAUGAAGCAUUUCUUUCAUCCGACAAUCAGCAGUCUUCAGACAACGGGGAUCAGCCAAAUUUUUUGGCCUCCAGAUUAUCACCAAUCAUGCAAGUUGACGAUGAAGCUGAUGAUUUUCUUGGCAGACUUGGAGAAGCAGAUGAAAUAGACGAAAUAGACGCAAUGCUAUCGAUCCAUCGUAGAAAAGCGAGCCAUCAGACAAAAGGUCGGAAACGUCAAACCCGAAUGUCAGACUUUGGUGUGGAAUGUUCUUUAAAUGUAGCUCGCGUGUCCAAACGACCACGUCUAACAGCACCCUCAACAAAACAACCCUCUUUGAUGGCUCAUAGGGACCGUGUGUCGAAACCCAAAUUUCGAGUCCCAAGAUUGAGUAUUCUUGAUGCACCGCCAAAUGCCACCGCCAUAAAUCCUCCGCCUCCGCCCGCGUUCCUUAAGAUCGCCUCCCGAACAGUCCGUUCAAGGCAUGAUAGGGGCAGGCAUAGCCCAGGCAGAAAGUUCCUAAGGCUCGCGACAACGGAUGACAACCAUGACGUCAACGAGAGUCUGCAAGCAUGGAGAGAUGGCGCCAUCAGACCUUCGGUGUCCCAGAAGGAUGACAGACGCUCAAUACUUCACUUUCGACAGCCACUUCAGCCUCGAUCCGGCAAUUCUAUACUUCCUAGCUCGUUGAAACUGCCGCUUGGCUCUGCAAGCAAGACUGCGAGAAGUGCUUCACCCCAAGAUUAUGCUCCGAAAAGGCCGACGGCUCGCAAGGUGCAGACAGUCCUGAAGUCGAACGUUCGUACACCAGUGACGGACGAUCCUGAAAAUAGCCAGCAGCCUACUAAGAACAUUUCAGGGGGACCCAACGUUCCAAAUUUAAAGAAGAAAAACUUGAAAAGUACCUUGAAGACAACGCAUGGUUCACGACCUGCAAUGCUUGAAUCGCUUGAGGAUGGAGAGAACCAGAUAAGGCCGGGGUUCUCACUUAGUCACCAUCUUCUUCGAUUGAAUCAAAGUGACCCUUUGCAUUUGAUCUCAAGGCCGCAACGAGACGCCAUCGUCGAAGACGUGAACCUUCCACCUGCCAGUAUAGAAUCACGUGAGGGGAAGUCUCUGCCACUGAAACAUUCGCCUCAAGUCGAGAAACGCCAGCCUAAUCCUGUCAAGCGGAACGGUCGUCGGAAACGGAGACCUCAAAGGUUAGAGAUAUCCGCGACGUCUCAAGCUCAAUUAAGUCCUCAAUUACCUGUUGAUGAUCUUCCAAUGAUUGCAAAGGAGCAGGAUUUCUCCAGGGAUAAGGCGACUAAGCACGAAGGUCUAACACCACUUCAAUUUGGUCCCUUUAGCACUCGUUUUACAUCUACUUUCGACAUCGUGCCGUUCCCUCCUGGCACCAGCUUCCAUCAGAGCACAUUCUUGGGCAGUGGAGACUUCCAAACUAGUAUGCAAUUAUCCAAGAUUGACCUCGACAGUCACCGAAGCUUUGCCAAUUUCAUGUUCAACCACGUAAACUUCAAGUGGGGGCCUUGGAAUGAGCAACUGUCUGUGCAGCUGACCCAGAUUUGUGAUUUGCUCCAUCAAGCAAGCCAGGCCCAGCCUAUCGAAGAGUACUUAUCUCAACUGGCAGAAUUCCUUGUUUAUCUGAUAGGGUAUUUCUCGAAUCACGUCAGCUUCCUUGACCCUAUCGACCGUGCUUCAUGUCUUCAAAGAUGCAACGCAGUUAUCAAACUCAUAUCGCCAGCUACCUCACCUGUGCUUGUGGGCUCUUUCAGAAUGCAAGAAAACAGAAUCACAGACAAUGACCCCCAACUUCUUAGAGUUCAAAUGCUGUCGUUCAUUUUCGCGAAUCAGCUACGUCAAUUGUCGCAACACUCUGAUGUUUCAAGUUCAAUAUGGCAGGAAACGACAUUCCUGUUCUCGACUGUCGGCAAGCAAUUAGGAGAGCUCAUCCAUACAAAUCUUGAAUCAUUGGAGAAGCUAGUCAACAAGUUCAAACGAUAUUCUGAUAGUGAUCUCACAAUAUGCAACAAUAGUACAGCUGAGGCCCUGAUUGUGGCCAGACAUAUCCUGCAGCACGAUGGACGUUUACACGAUGACUUCUGGGAUACUUUAAUUCGCUCAGGUCCUAAUGCAUCAAGUGACGCUACUGUUCGCGCCGAAAUUUUGGAACAAACUUGGAAGGCGCUAUAUACUUUGCUUCCGUUUUCGGAGUUUGAUACCCAGGGAGUGCUGACCUCAGGGUCGCGAUUCAGUUCAAAUGUAGGCAAUUGGAAUGCUGUGAAGAGACUCAUCAGUCCUGUGCUCGACAAUUAUAUGACUGUCAAGGAAGGUCAAUCCCCAAAUUUCAACUUUUAUUGUCGAGCGCUGUUCAGCCGCUGCCUUCAUCUCAUCAAUGUCUGGGGUUGGCGCAAAUGCGAUUCGAUCAUUGGCACCUUGUUCGACUUCUUUGCCCGUAAUCAGCUCAAUCAUCUGAAUCAUGAGCAAAGCCAUGGGUCUCCCCAUUUUCUUGAGGUCCUUGGCACUACUGUCUCUCUUGAAAGCGGGCCCGAGGAUCGAUGCUUCCAUUUGCUACUGAAGAUAAUUGGCAACGGGAUCAAAUUCAUGCGGAAAACGUUCCCCGAGAAAAAGAUUAAAGACCUUGUUUGGCGACUUAUGCCGAACCAUGGCCGCUCUCAUCUGAAAGAAGAGGCGCUCCGUCUGAACGAUCUUGACGCGCUGCGCAAUCAUCACGAUCUACUCUGCACGCUUUACUGGGUAUCACCACCAAGUGUUCGCCCACGGCUUACAGCCAUACGGAAUCUUGUCCAUAUCGAAAGCUCCCACAAAGAAGUCGUUCAACUCAAUCUCCGAGCGUGGGCAUAUCUUGUGAAUUUCCAAUUAAAGACCGAUGAGCCGAUGAGCAACCUUGAACCUUUUGUUGAGUGGCACAACGACCUUUUACAGCAAAUCUUGCGCCAACAUUCGCUAGCUCGCACAGAAGCGGAAGAACACGCUCGGGCUGUCCAGCAUGUACAAAAUACUGUGGUAUCACCCCACCUUCUAGAGUCAACGAUUGCCACCAAUCAGCGACAAGUUGAGGCUUCAUUGGGUGAUGCUCUGACCAGCCUUCGCAGAGCCAUACAAUCAGCCAAAACGAACGAUGCCGCAGAUCUGCUCCUAUCGCCUUAUGUUACGGCAGUGUUCAAAAUCUUCAAUGCCGCGCAGUCCCACACUAACAGCCCGAUCCUUGAUGCAUUGGACAUUCUGAUAACGUAUAUAAGACGAAUUUUAGAUCCGAAUCGACCUGAGACAGUCGCUCCUGAAAAUGAAGAUAGUCAGCAGUACGGGGACUGGGCGGUGUUUAGUGAUGAUUUUGACGAAAUUGACGACGAGACUAUCAAUGUGCCUAUGCCGGAGUUCCAUGAUCAACUUCGACAACUACUAUCUAAUUGCUUUGGUGCAGAUCUUCUACCGACAGAAAAUGUUCUUGCAAGAGUUUUGGAAGCUUGGGCAGCUUUGAACCAAAUGCUUGUCCGUUCAUCUCAUAGAUCAUGGGCUGACUACGUUGGGAGUUAUGGCAACGAUGCUUGGAGCACCCUGAGAGACACACAACAAACGAGAAAGUACACUUCGUACUACCUAGCAUUACUGAUUGAAGAAGACUCCUCCAUAUUUGAAGAUCAAAAGGCAGCUCUCCUCCAAUUCUUUAUGCAGGCUCUUGUUGAGCGUGAGUCUCUGCUCAAGUUUCAGCACAGAUUCACCUGUGCUCUUCUGAAUGCCAACUCGAAUGAUGUUCUACUCAGCAAUCCACCAUUCUGGAGGAACAGAGACUCCAACAGAUUUGAAAUAUCCUUGCCAGAGUUCAGCGAGCGCAGGCUCUCUUUAAUCUCUAGUAUACUCUCAAACAUGCGCACCUCGACCGACAAUGCUCAGCUUAAACAAAGCACAAACACGCCCCAGCUCAAGUCAGAAUAUAGAGAGCUGCUAAGAUAUCUUAUGGCUACAAUGAAACAGAAUUAUCAAGAUCUUGGACAGUCCGCGAACGUCAAGGGAGCGUACGUCGGUUUCGUUCAGAACGUUGUUGAGCUUUUGCAGCAGCACUCCUCCAGCAUCUGUUCGGUUGACAGUUUCUUCACGAACAACGCCUCCUUUCCUCUACCAGCAAGUGACCCAACGUACAUUGUCGGUCAGUUAAGAAACUAUGGCCUCCGAUUGGCUGAUUCUCGCACGCCAAAGGAGCUUGUCGCCUUCGUGCAAUCAAUCUCGGAGCGGGCGGCUAUGGAUGGCCAGCAGGCGUAUCUGAUCAAUCAGCUCCACAAUGCAACAUCUGGAACAUUUGGAGACAUCCUGCAGAGAAGCAGUUUGCGUGACUUCGUCAUUCAGACCAUUUUUCCAGCCUACGCGCGCAUGGCUUCUGAGUCUAUGUGUGGUUGGAUUCUAGUUCUACCGGUCUUGCAUACAUUGGUCAAGACCUUCGACGACCUGGAAAAGGACCUGGAUGGGUAUAAUGUCAAUAGUGUGGCGGCCGUAGCGAAUUUGGUCACAUCUUAUUUGUAUACCAUGCGGAUCGCUGCAUUUCAGACUGUGAAGCAACAGAGAUUGCUUGGACAACCUGGUGUUCUCAAAACUAUACGCACAUCUUUUCACGCGAUGAAUGCAUUGCUACCAACACUAGAUUACCUCUACCGCUUGAGAGGUCCUGUCAAACAGGCUAUGAGCGAAAUAGAGAUGCUCAGAACGCUUGGCGUGCACUUGGCCGACAAGUCUAUGGGUCAUGAGGUCAUGAUAUCUGCAUUGCCUCAAUGUAUUGAGGCGGAGGAACGCAUUUUUGUGUCCUCUGAUAUCUGCGAGUUCGCUACGGGUGAGCUGCGGCAGACGCUAGAAAAGAAUUGGAUUUGUGUUGAUGGUAAUUACUUCCUAAUCAGAGGCAAGUUCAGGAAGGAGGUGCUUGUCGACGUGGGUCUACUUGAAGAGGAACAAUCCGAGCUCAGGAGGACGAUCGAGAAUGUCGAAGCCACUAUAGAUGGCUUUCCAUCCUGGGCUGACCCAAACCUUGAAACGCGAUGUGAAAUAAGGAUGGUUGAUGGGCUGACGGACUUAAUGAUCUGA